AUGGACCUGAAAUUUGGGAUGAUUUUCCUGUUCCAGACAAUCCUUGGACUCCUGGGAAGGGGUUCACUCUUGUGUCAUUAUAUGUUCCCGUACCUCAGUGGAUCUAGGUCAAGGUCCACGGAUUUGAUUUUCAAGCACCUGACUAUAGCCAACUUGUUGGUCAUUCUCUCAAGAGGAAUCCCAGAGGCAAUGGCAGCUUUUGGGUGGAAAGAUUUUCUCAAAGAUUUUGGAUGCACACUUGUUUUCUAUGCUCACAGAGUGGCGAGAGGCGUGUCCAUGGGCACCACCUGCCUCCUGAGCAUCUUCCAGACCAUGAUCAGUGCCAGCAGCUCCAAGCAGGCAAAGCUUAAAGCGAAAGCCCUAAAGUACAUUGGUCCUGCCAGCGUUCUCUGCUGGAUCCUAAACGUGUGGCUAAAUACAAUGGUUCCUAUGCAUCUGACCGGCAAAUGGAACAAUCAAAACAUCACAAAAACGAUCGAUUUCAGAUACUGUUCUUCUAAACCUCAUAACAAAAACACAGAUUUACUAGUCAUAGUAUUGAUAUUCUCCCACGAUGUUUUGUGUUUGGGACUCAUGACCUGGGCCAGUGGCUCCAUGGUGUGCAUUCUGUACAGGCACAAGCAGUGGGUCCAAAGGAUCCUGAGGAAGAAAGUAUUCCCUAGAUCUUCCCCUUUGACCAAAGCUACCCAGAGCAUCCUUGUACUGGUAAGAACUUUUGUAUGGUUUUAUGCCCUCUCCUCCAUCAUUUAUUUUUAUUUUAUUUGUGUUCAUAAGACCAUUUGGUGGCUGGUGAACACCUCUGCCUUAAUCAAUGUUUUCCCAAUAGCCAGCCCCUUUGUUCUCUGGAGAUGA